GAGAGCGUGUCUGGCGAGAGGCGGGUCGCUUGGAACGCUUCUCUUUGCUGGCUGCUUCUCUGUUCUCUUGCUCCUCCAGAGAAAGGCGGGGUUGUGUAGCGAAGUCUGUUCAGAGGUAGAAACAAACCCACGCUGUCAAGCCCGGCACAGAGAGAGUGGUGGAUCCGGAACAAACUAAUAUCUGAGAAGAUUAUGGACGGAGUCUAGAUACAGGAGUGACUGAGUCCUUCACGUUUAUGACAGACAGUUUUAUAACUUAUGAAAAUAUAGUGCUACAAUAAUUUUGAAUUUAAAUAUUCGUUUGUUACAGAGGUGAAUUGCAAAACUUCCCAAACUCAAAGAUCUAUCGAAAUUCAAAAGGACAUUUCCAAGGAUGAAGGAAUUAUCAUAUUUCUGCCAGCGGAUGAUUCGGUUUGCUCUUCUUCUAACCACAGUCUCAGCUACCAAGAUGAACGUACCACGACUCAGACUUUCAUACAAAGACCUUGUAGCCACCAACCGGUCCUCUAUCUUCAGUGGUCACCACGGUCAGCUUUCCCUGAGCGCUUUGUUUCUGGACGAGUACCAUGACCGCCUGUUCCUGGGGGGCAAAGACGUCCUCUACUCCCUGAGACUGGACCAUACCAACCUGGACUCCAAAGAGAUCUACUGGCCUCCGUUGCCUGGUAACAGAGAUGAAUGUGUCCAGAGAGGGAAAGAUUCUCAGACGGAGUGUGCCAACUUUGUGCGCCUGCUGCAGCCCUAUAAUCGCACCCACCUGCUGGCCUGUGGUACGGGUGCAUUCCAACCCAUGUGUACCUAUGUGUACGUGGGCUACCGUGGAGAGCAUGUUUUCACCAUGGACCCUACCAAAAUGGAGAACGGACGGGGGAAGGUUCCUCACGACCCCAGCCUCACCUUCGCUAGCACCUUAAUUGGUGGGGAGUUAUACACAGGGCUGACUGCAGACUUCCUGGGUAGAGACUCAGUGAUCUUCCGUAGUCUGGGAGGUCGCUCCACCAUGAGGACUGAGACGGACCAGAGACUGCUGCAUGAUCCUAAGUUUGUUGCGGCCCACCUCAUCCCUGAUAAUGAUGACCGUGACAAUGACAAGGUGUACUUCUUCUUCACGGAGAAGGCCAUGGAGGCCGGGAACAGAGAGGGGGCCAUCCACACCCGCGUAGGACGUGUGUGUGCGAAUGAUGCAGGUGGACAGAGAGUGCUGGUGAAUAAAUGGAGCACCUUCAUCAAGGCCAGACUGGUGUGUUCUGUACCUGGGCCUCAUGGCAUUGACACACACUUUGACGAGCUGGAGGAUGUUUUCCUGCUUAGAGGCAAGGAUGAGAAGAACCCAGAUGUUUAUGCCAUCUUCAGCACCAUCAGUAACGUGUUCCAAGGCUUUGCAGUUUGUGUGUACCGUAUGGCAGACAUCAGAGAAGCCUUCAACGGGCCUUUUGCACACAAGGAGGGACCUGACUACCAGUGGGGGGCUUACGAGGGCAGAGUGCCCUAUCCAAGACCUGGGGUGUGCCCCAGUAAGAUCACCAACCAGCCUGGCAGACAGUUUGGCAGUACCAAGGACUUCCCAGAUGCAGUGCUCCAGUUUGCCCGAGGGCACCCCCUGAUGUGGCGACCGGUGUACCCGGCCAUGAAGCAGCCUCUGCUGGUCAAGGCCAACUUGCCCUACCGCCUCAAACAGAUCGUGGUGGACCGUGUAGAGGCAGAGGAUGGACAGUAUGACGUCAUGUUCAUAGGCACCGACAUAGGCACUGUUCUGAAGGUCAUUGCUUUGCGCAGCGGCAACACUCUGGACACAGAAGAGGUCACUCUGGAGGAGCUGCAGGUCUUUAAGGUGCCAACUCCCAUUACCUCUUUGGAGAUCUCAGUAAAAAGGCAAGCACUGUACGUGGGUUCUCCGGUGGGUAUGGCCCAGCUGAGGCUUCACAGGUGUGAGACAUAUGGGAAGGCUUGUGCUGAGUGCUGCCUGGCCAGAGACCCCUACUGUGCCUGGGACGGCACCUCCUGCACUCGCUACACCUCGCUCAGCAGACGCCGCUAUCGCCGUCAGGACAUCAGGCAUGGUAACCCGGCCCUGCAGUGUAUGGACCAGAACCUCAGUGUGGAGGAGCUGGACGUAACAGAAGACAGGGUUGUGUACGGGACAGAGAACAACAGCACCUUCCUGGAGUGUGUCCCCCGCUCCCCCCAGGCCACUGUGACAUGGCUGCUCCAACGAGACGGCCGCAAGGAAGAGGUGAAGCUGGAUGACCGAGUGAUGCAUAUGGAGCAAGGCCUGCUCUUCCGCCGUGUGUUCCGUCAGGAUGAGGGUGUGUAUGUGUGUCUCUCCCGUGAGCACGGCUUCACACAGACCCUCACCCACCUCUCCCUGGAGGUCCUGCAGGGGAACACACUGAGUGAGCUGCUGGCCCGUGACGACACCCCCCUCGACGGUCCCCUGGGGGUAAAGGGGUACCGGUCCUGGCCACCCUGCCAUGCCUACAGGAGCACCAACCCCCUCAGCCACCUGCGCCCCUGGUUCAAGGACAUCAUGCAGCUGAUCGGCCCGUCCAACCUGCCGCACGUGGAGGAGUACUGUGAGAGGUUGUGGUGCAACGACAAGCUGCGGCGUAAACACAAGAGCAUGCUGGACAAGUACCGGCAGGCACAGGAUAGUGCGCGCAAGACCCGCAAUAAGGGCUCCGGGGAACGCAACCGGACGCCGCGGGACGUCAGUAACCGACAGCCGUAGAGGGGAGGGAGAAACAGAUGAAGGGAGGAGAAAGAGAAGGACUACAUGACAUGAUGAAUGAGAGAACGAAGAGGUGGUAGUGAUAUGUAUUGUAGGAAGAUGUGCUGCCAACAGGGAUGAGGGUUGAGACUGAUUUGGAGGCAGAAGGGAGGAGGAGAAAGAGAGCGACAGGUACUCAUGGCACUCAUCAACUCUCAUUUGCUUCAUGAAAAACCCUCAACUGUUUCCACAAAGGGACCCUUCUCCUCUCCACGCACCCUCGCAACCUCAGUGUCUCUGUAUGAUUAUGGAUUGACUGUAACAUGCUGCAAAUAGUGUGUGUUGGACUGCUACAACUGAUCUCCUUCAACCCAACAUUGCACUCAUUUCUCUUAGGUCAUUGAGCCCAUUCCAUGUUACCCAUUCUGUGACUGCUUCUGUGUUCUUCGCUCUGUACCCCUUAAAACUGCAUUUCCGGAGCCUUUGCCUUACCCUGCACCUCAACACACCCUACACUGCUAUGGCUCACUUCAUAUACAGUCAAAAAGUUAUUUAAAGAACCCCAAAGCACCGUUAUUUUUUAGCAGUGUAAUCCCAUCACCCUGCAAAUAAUUCACAACAGCAAAUUCUAUCCACACACACUCACUCAACCAGCCAUAACAACACACCAGACAAUUGCUUUAACUGGAAGUUGCCAUGAGACGAUUGUUGACGGUUCAACAGAGAAAAGGCCUGUUUGUUGCUUUGUAUUAUCAGCUAGACUCCAGGUCCCACCAUUCCUUUGUGUGUCGUAGGUGUUGUUCUCACUCCUGACAAAGGAAGGAAAAUAAAAAGGGUCAUUGGCGCUG